ACAACGUGCAAGUUAAAAGGCAGACUAAAAAAGCCCAUUUUGCCCAAUUUUACCGUGUUUUAUCGCAGAAAAAAUGUGUUAGUCGACGCAGAACGAUGUCGUUGCGGAUCCCCAAGUAAAAUUGUGCCGGAAAAUCUGUUAUUUCCACGUGAAAAUCGCAAGUAUCUUGGAUUGUUUUCAUCAAUACAAAAAUAUUGCGUUUCGCUUGCUCACACUAAAUACACGACGAACGCGUCCAAUAAAAAACCUCACGUAUACCCCAUACACACAAACACACACGACUCAUCGCAUAGCGAGUCUCGAAUGUUUAUAUAAAUAAAGAAAAAAAUUGGAUUUCGGUGAGCUAGUUUGCGAGUUGCGGGACUAAAAGUGCGAGAAAAAGUGCGUGAAAAGUGCUGAAAAAUCGCGUAUCGACAGUGAAAAAUCGGAAAAACUCGAGAAAAAACGCAAACAAAAGCCGAGAAAAAAACUUUUUUUUUCUUUCUACACACGUACGAAGUCAAUAAUAGGCUCUCGGCUCACACAUCGCAUAAACAACAACACAUCGAAGCGAAAAGAAGAGGAAAAAAAGUGAUGACCUUCUGUGUAAAAUGUGAUUUGAUGAAAUUUCGUUGACACUCGAGAGGAUUUUAGGACAUUUCGGGCAUUUUGUUGGCGGCGUAGCGUUCGCACACGCAACGAGCGACUCGUAAAUAAAACGAGGAACGAAGAAAAAGCAAAUAAAUUUUUAUUUAGUGAAAAAAGGAGGGCACAUACAGCGUGUCUACGUUACUCAUACAACACAAAUAUUCCACACACACCGCAAUAAAAACAUUUAGCGAGGCAGCGUGCUUGUUUUCUGUGCGAAAAAUAAUAAAAGUGACAAGUGUGCGACUAAAUUUGGAGAAAAUUUACGCGAGAAGCCUUGUUGCACAUUCAGUUAUCGGCGAUUUAUCGGCGAAUUAUUUACAUAACGAGCCGCCCGAGUGAUUCUCUCGCGCUCUGCGAUCGUUCCCUUGCAUCACAAGAGCUUCGUUGUUGUUUUUUAUUAAUAAAACAAAACAUUCUAUAUUAAUAAAAACACGAAAACAACAUAUUAUUGUCGCUCACUCGCAUUCAGAGUCGCGUUGUAACAAAAUAAAGCACACAUAGGUGCUGUAGCGAAAAUCAAUAUAUAUCUAUACGGUGCGACGAGAAGACAUACGUGCACGCUUCUGUGUGUUAUUUACAUGAGGAGACGAACAAACAACUCAUUUCGUACGGCAGGAUACUGAAAAAGCAGAAAAAAAAGCGUAAAGAAGAGAAAAAUUCGAAAAUAUGACGGACAACAAUAGCACGGCGACGAUUCACAUUACGACGACGACGCAGCCCGUCGUAACGAACAACGGCAAAUCGAGCAGCAACAACUCCACACAACAGCAAAAACGGAUCUCAAACAGUCAAAUCAUCCAGGAAGGUGUCGUCGAGGAGGAACAUUACGAAAUUCUCGAGAACAAUAAUCAAGCGGUGCAGCAACAGCAGGCGGCGCCGCAACAACAUGUCUUUCUCGAGCCGGCAUCCACGACAAUUGUCACGAGUACACACACGGAGCCCGAUUACGAGGACUUGCUCGACGACAUUCCGCUGAAUCCGGCGCAACAAGUGCACUACGACGACGACGACUUGGACGACGAAGACGGUUUGGAGGACGACGACACCUCAGAUGGCAUCUCGAAUCAUCAUACGCAGGGAGGAGGCUUGCAUAACGCCGGCUCCGGAUCUGGGAAUUUUAUCGCGCGUCUCAUGUCGAAAGACAACAUUCUCCUUGUGAGCGAUCACACAAUCGAGAUUGGCAGGAAUUCCUCAAAGUCCAGUGUGCACUUUCACGUUGGCAAGAAUAGUUUUGUGUCGCGGAAGCACAUUGUCUUGCAAUUCGAUCCCAAAAGCAAGGGUUUCUACAUGCUGUGUCUGAGUAAGAAUGGCGUUUUUGUUGAUGGCGUGUUCACAAGGAAAGGUGCCGAGCCACUGAGACUUCCGAAGCAAUGCGCGCUACGCUUCCCAAGUACAAACAUUCGCAUCAACUUUGAGAAUUUGGCCAAUCAACCGUUUGACGUUGCACACAAUACGGGACACAACAAGAAUUCUAUCAACUCGGUUGAAAAUUCGAACAUGAUCUACUCGCCAUUGAAGAUUAGUAUACCUGAUGGAGACAAAAUGAAGAGUCCCUUCCCAUCGCCAACUGGAACCAUAAGUGCGGCAAAUAGUUGUCCAACAAGUCCCCGCCAAGGUUAUCACGAGUUCCCCUAUCAUGGUCACAAUUCUAAUCACAGCUACCAAUCUGUAAGAUUUCCCAUUUCUCAUCGAAAAUUAAAAUUUUUGUUAAUUAAAUUAUUUUUGCAGGAGUCACAAGGAGUCCCCUCAACAUCAUCCAACAAUGAAAACGAGAAACCACCAUACAGCUACGCUCAACUAAUAGUACAAUCAAUAUCGGCAUCGCCCGACAAGCAACUUACGCUAUCUGGCAUAUAUUCGUUCAUUGCAAAAAAUUAUGCCUAUUAUCGUACGGGCGGCAACAAAGGAUGGCAGAACUCGAUUCGGCAUAACUUGAGCUUGAAUAGAUACUUUAUCAAAGUACCACGCUCGCAAGACGAACCGGGAAAAGGCUCCUUCUGGCGCAUCGAUCCGCUGAGUGAGCUGAAGCUGGUUGACCAAAGCUACCGGAAACGACGACAACGUGGAAGUCAGGGUUUCCGCACACCAUAUGGUAUGCCUAGAUCUGCACCUGUAUCACCAAGUCAUAUAGACAAUUCUCGAGAAAACUCACCUUUGAAUGAUGUCCUUAUGCAAUCUGCUCCAGGAUCUCCGGGUUCUAACAAUUACAAUUCCAAUCAUCGUGAAGAUCACAACUUUGGCUCUGCAUCAACAUUCAAACACCAUCACAACUACGAUCAAGGCUUAAAGAACGACACGAACGACAUUUACGAAGAUCAAGAGCAAAUAGAGUAUUUAAGUGAUGAAUAUGAACCAAGUAUUAAACGUCAGAAAAAUUAAA